ACGCCGUCCCCUUCCCUUCUCCAGCGACUGCAAUCGUUCGCCAUGGCCUCUGUCAUCUCCCCUCUUCAGGACAUAUUCACCAUCGUCUGUUUCAACGACGCCUUCCAGUUUGCACUCGACCAUGACACCAUCGACACCCUGCUCAAAGCCCACGAUUGCGCCUGGCAUCUUUUGAGCCCCAAGGUGCCCCGCUUCCUCCGCUGGUGCCAGCGGGCAAAUCUGUGCGAUCCAGACGGACAGCUGAAGGUCGACCUCACACCCAGUGAAAAGAUCGCACUCUCGCUGCGCUACGAGGAGUCAGGCUCAGCCGAUCGAGCCUGGCUUGUUGCUCUUGCGGACCGAGGGAACGCUGUCGCCUCGUAUUUCCUUGCUCGGAUCAUCCAAACUGAAACCGAUCGACGGCGUUUUAUGGAUGAGCUGGAGCGAGAAAACGCCCUCCAGCAAGCUUUUCGACGCCUGGAGCAGGCCAGCAAUGCUUGCCAUCCAAUGGCCCAGUUCCACCUGGCCGAGUCCUAUCGCAACGGCUUCGGAGUCCGUGCGAACUACGCCAAGGCCCUGGAACUGUAUCGAGGUCUUGCAACCCGUGGAAUGCCUCGGGCCCAAAUUGCCUUUGGUCGCUGCUACGAGAACAGGGAAGGCGUCGGUCGAAACUUUGACACAGCCAUCGAGUGGUAUUCCAAGGCCGCAGAUCAAGGCAGUGAAGACGGCCGACUCCACAUCGUGUUCCUGCAAGCCUGGUUCUCGUUCAUCGGCCACGGCGUCGAAAAGAGCGACGUAGAUGCCUUCCGCCGAUGGCGGGAGGUCAGCAACCAAUCCACCGACCCGGUCCUCAAGCCCAUCGCAACCCUCAUGGUCGGGUGGAUGCACUAUCUUGGCCGUGGUACCGUGCGAGACAAACAGAAAGGCGUCAGGAUCAUCCAAGAUAAUCGAUCGAAUGCAUUCCCCCUGGGAGAAGAAGGGUGCCUGGCUGGAGACGCUGGCCCUAUCUGGAAUCGUAGCUCCUCUGACUCGCCCGCUGCCUUGAAGUUCUAUCAGCUAUGUGAAAUGGGAUCCGAUAGGGACUGCCUUUGCGAACAUCUCAUGGCCCUAUGUCACUUCCAUGGAUUCGGAACCACAGAGGACCCGUCAUCGGGAGCGGCUAUCUUUGAGCAGCUCGCCCAAAAAGGCCAUAGCGAGAGCCAGUUUUGGAUAGGACACUGCUACGUGACCGGGUUGGGGAGAAGGCGAGAAUUGACGGAGGCCAUUGAAUGGUUCAACGAAUCCGCCGAGAACGGCAACUCGUAUGCUCAGUGGAUGUCGGGUUGCUGCUACGAUGGUGAAGGCAGAGAUCAAGACGAAGACGAAGGUGAAAACGAAAAUGACGAUGGCAGGAACGACGAGGCCAAAAGAGUCGAGUGGUAUAUCAAAUCUGCCUGUCAAGGCAAUCGGUAUGGACAGUACGAACUCGGUCGAUGCUUGCAAUAUGGCUUGGGCGUCCCCAAACACAAGGACACUGCGAUCUUUUGGCUUCGUAAAGCUGCCGAACAGGGACACCCUGCAGCCACCUCCAGUCUCGAGCGUCUCGGCGAAUUAACCCGAGCAUGAUCCUAUUUGGCACAUGUGCAUCCUGAAUACAUGCUUCACAAGCACGCCGUCGUCGGAUCAUAUCAUACACUUGGCCAAGUGGGUCAAUCAUCUCCCAUGGAGUCUAUCUUAUAGAGUCCAUCAGAUGCCGGUGCAGUGGGCUGUGGCUCAGACUUGCUUCUUGACUUCUCUAGCCUUGACGAACGUCUCGGCAGCAUCGAUC